UAUAUCAUUAGUUCUUCACAAAAUAAUAUCUAAGUUAUUAUUCUGAAAGUGGGAAACACAUUAGAUAAGCAAAUUAAAAACAGAAUUAUAAAGCAAUUCAUUAUAAACUUAUUACUUAUACUUGUCUCGCUUAAUAUGGUGAAUACUAAGGGAGGUAACAUACCAAAACUGGCUAUGACUACUUUUUGCAUGGCCGUCUUUGCUAUGAUGUUUUACGUGGCCAACGCUUCCGAUCCUACACCCCUUCAAGAUUUUUGUGUGGGUGUUAAUGAUCCUAAUUCUGCAGUGGUUGUUAAUGGAAGGCUUUGCAAGAACCCAAAUGACGUUACAAUAAAUGAUUUCUUGUAUAAAAGGUUUAACGUACCUGGAGACACAAACAACGCCCAGGGAGCAAAUGCGACACUAGUCGACAUAAACCUAUUUCUCGGUGUCAACACACAAGGGGUGGCCAUGGCUCGGGUAGACUUUGCACCCUAUGGCCUAAAUACCCCUCACUUGCAUCCUCGUGGCUCGGAGAUUUUUGCCGUGGUGGAGGGAACUAUGUAUGCUGGCUUUGUGACCUCUGGUUACAAGCUAUAUGACACGAUACUUAAGAAGGGUGAUGUUAUUGUAUUUCCUCAAGGUCUAAUCCAUUUCCAAUUAAAUCUUGGUAGGACCGAGGCUUUGGCUUAUGCAUCAUUUGGAAGCCAAAAUCCGGGGCGUGUUAAUGUCGCUGAUAGUGUGUUUGCGACUACCCCACGUAUCCUAAACGAUGUUCUUACCAAGGGAUUUCAGGUGGACGAGGUGGUGAUUGAGCAACUUCGCUCCCAAUUCUCCCCCGAAAACAUAUCUUUCAACACCGGGAGAUCCAUUUUGAAAUUGUUAUCUCAAACUUUCUGAUUUUACAUACUAUAGCUAAUAAUGAACGAAUGUUUUGUCAAGAACCAAAAUAGUACUACGUACUUGUGUAUUUUUAUUUGCGAUCCAUAUUUCUAUAUGAAUUAUGUAUUUUAGUAGAUGUGGUUUAUUUUCGUUAUUUGUGGUCGAUUUACGGUAUUUGCAAUAAAUAAAAUGAAUUAGCUAGUACAAGUUUUGUCUCAGUAUGUUCGUAUUAUAUGUAUUCA